CAAUGUCAUUAUAAAUAUUGCAUUGUGGGGAGAGCGGGCAACAAGCUUUCCUGAAGACGCGAUUAUCAGUGCUGGUGAAAAGGAACCGCAGGUGGCAAUCUUUGUUGGCACACUUGUGCGGGGCUAUGUCAGAAAUGCCUCUCUAGGAAAUGUCUCUUUGUCAGGUAACUCUGCUUGCAAAUGGUAUAUCAACAUCGACACACCAGAGGUGAACUCCUUCAAAGAUAGCAUCAAAGGGAACUACGAGCCCAUACAGUUUAUCGAUAUACCGGUUCCAAAUGUUAUUGUUGGUGCUGAACAGAAAACAGUUGCUCAACUUAAGGAGCUCCACCCAUUUAAAUUCAAGAAACAUGAGUUCCAGGUUACUGUUGUUAUCAAGAAGUUCUGCAUGCAGGCCUCCUGGUGGUAUACAGCCUGUGAUAUCUGCAAAAAAACUGCAAAGCCCUAUGGAAGAGCAUACAGGUGUGGAGACCCAACAUGCCCACCUAUUGUUUCAGCCUCACCAAGGUUAGUUCUUCUAAACCAAAAGAUCCUAAGCAAUAGGGAGUUAUUGUUGUUGUAUGACAAUUGAUAUCUGGAUGGUUGUUGCAGAUUCAAGCUGAAUAUAAUAGCAGGAGAUGAGACAGCAGAGACCACAUUUAUUCUCUUUGGCCGUCUAGCUCAGAGGCUCAUUGGUCGCUCCGUUGAUACACUGCUCCAUGAGAAUCCAUCAGAUAAAGACUAUAUACCAAGUGCAAUUACUGACCUGCUUGAAAAGCAAUUUGUCUGGAAUGUCAGUAUCACAGAGAACACAGUUGCAACAGGCGUUUUGUCAUUCCAAGUGAAUAGGAUUGUUGGGGGUGUUGUUAACAAUACCUUGGCCCUUCUGCAGUCUCCCUCUGGGUCGCAGGCAUAUGCUCUGGGGCCUACAAUGGCUCUAUCACCAGCUGCAUCACAUGAUCAAUCUAUUGCCCAGUCCUCAGCACCUGCAACCCCAUCGGUUGAUAUCAGUGAUACUAAUGUUGGGGCAACUAGCCUGAGAAUCACUGGAUCUCAAGACCAGAAUAUAGAUCUGGAGUGUGCAUCAAAGACUCCUGCACAGACAGCUGAAGAAGAUGAGUAUGAUCAGGAUGGUGAUGAUCUUCCUCUGUCACAGAUGUGCACUGGUGUUGCUACUAAAACUAGCACCUCUAAAGCAUAUAAGAAAAGACCAAGGCCAUCUCCUGUCACAGGGGCUGCGAAGAAGCUCUUCAAGGACACAGAUGAUGAGGGUGCUGGUGGCAGUCGUUCCACCAGGGCAUAAUCCAAGCAGAGUAGCAGUACACCAUUAUUUUGGGUUCAAACAGUUCUUAAGCACUUCAACAUUUGCAUCACCUGGCUCAGGCAUCUGCGGCUAUCCUGGCCCUGUAACUGCAGAAGAGAAGCAAGGAGAUCGCCGAUGUUGUCAUAGUGCUCCUAGAAACUGUGCCUUUAUUAAGCUUGAAGGAUGCUUAUGAAAGCAUUUGUUAUAGCCUUAUGUCUUUUGCUUAAACCUACCGAUGAUCGCCAUGCAGUUAUACAGCUAGGAUUCGGCAUUAUCAUGACAUAUCAUGAUAAUCCUGAAUACUGGCAGGUUUCGCCAGUCAUUCUGUAAUGGCACCUAAUUCCGGCCUAGGCAUAUUUGUGCAAGACCUAUAAUGCAUCCUCUUCAAUUACUAUUGCUAA